GGCGUCACAACCGCGCGACCCAAGGGUAACGGCGGCCGUUUGAAACGGCGCUGGCGGGGGGCAGCGCCUUGGGCAGGGGGAGCCCCAGCAGCCUGAGGCUGUGGACAGCCCUUGCCCAUUGGCUCCGGGCUGUGACUUCCUGAGACGCCACCACCUGCAUUUGUCCAUUCUUGAAAGAGUCAUGGCGCUUCCUCACCUGCAGCAGCCAAGCUUCUUACUGGCCAGUUUGAAAGCAGACUGUGUGAACAAGCCCUUUGCUCAGAGGUGCCAUGAUCUGGAAACAGUCAUUGAGGACUUCCCUGCCAAGGAACUGCAUGCCAUCUUUCCAUGGCUGGUGGAGAGUAUUUUUGGUAGCCUGGAUGGCAUCAUUGUAGGUUGGAAUCUUCGCUCCUUGCAGGGAAGAACACAUCCUACAGAAUAUGCUAUUGCCCUGGAUUUCCUGGAUCCAAGUGGCCCAAUGAUGAAGCUGGUUUACAAACUCCAAGCAGAGGAGUAUAGAUAUGAUUUUCCAGUUUCCUAUCUCCCAGGUCCUGUGAAGGCCUCAAUACAUGAGCGAGUCCUACCAGAAUGCUCAUUGUACCACAACAAAGUCCAGUUCCCUCCAUCUGGUGGCCUAAGUUUGAACCUAGCUCUCAAUCCAUUUGAAUAUUACAUGUUUUAUUUUGCAAUUAGCCUCAUCACACACAGAAAUACUCCCAUCACUCAUCAUGUCAGUACUUCAAAUAGUGCAUACUUCAUCUUGGUGGAUGCGUACCUGAAGUGGUUCCUCCCCACAGAAGGCAGUGUCCUUCCUCCACCUUCUUCCAAUCCUGGCGGAACCAUCCCUUCACCUGCUCCCAGGUCCCCAUCAGUGCCUUUCACCUCUUAUGGCAUGCAUCACACUAGCCUCCUGAAACGACAUAUUGCCCAUCAGCCUUCAGUGAAUGCAGACCCUGCUUCCCAAGAGAUCUGGAGGUCAGAAACAAUGCUUCAAAUCUUUGUUGAAAUGUGGCUUCACCAUUACUCACUGGAAAUGUAUCAAAAAAUGCAGUCUCCACAUGUCAAGCUGGAGGUUCUCCACUACCGACUCAGUAUCUCCAGUAAACACCACAGUAGUCCUGCCCAAUCCGGCUACCAGGCCCUCCACGCAUAUCAAGAAUCAUUUAAACCCACUGAGGAGCAUGUGUUAGUGGUAAGACUGCUUGUGAAGCACCUGCACGCUUUCACCAACAGCCUGAAACCAGAACCAAUCUCCCCCUCGGCCCACUCCCAUACAGCCAGCCCACUGGAAGAAUUCAAAAGGGUGGUGAUUCCUCGGUUUGUCCAGCAGAAGCUGUAUAUCUUCCUGCAACACUGCUUUGGCCACUGGCCUCUAGAUGCCUCUUUCAGAGCGGUUCUAGAGAUGUGGUUAAGUUAUCUGCAGCCUUGGAGAUAUGCUCCUGAGAAACCACUUCAGAGUGCAGACCCCCAGCUUCGUAGUGUUGCAGAGAAAUGGGCUCCUUUUGUUCAAGAAAAUCUACUGAUGUACACAAAGCUGUUUGUGGGCUUUCUGAACAGGGCUCUCCGCACAGACUUGGUCAGCCCUAAAAAUGCCCUGAUGGUGUUCAGAGUAGCCAAGGUCUUCGCCCAGCCGAACCUAUCUGAAAUGAUCCAGAAAGGAGAGCAGUUAUUCCUGGAGCCGGACCUUGUUAUCCCUCACCGGCAGCAUCGGAUUUUCAUGACUCCCACCCUUGGUGGGACCUUCUUCUCAUCAUGGCCUCCAGCCAUCACAGAUGCCUCAUUUAAGGUGAAGAGUCACAUUUACAGCCUAGAAGGACAGGACUUUCAGUACAAACAGAUGUUUGGCACAGAAGUCAGAAAUUUGGUGUUACGAUUGGCACAGUUAAUAUGCCAAGCCCAGCAGACAGCAAAAUCUAUAUCUGACCACUCUGCUGAGACCCUGGCUAGCAAGUCCUUCCUAUCUUGGUUUAGGUUUGGCCCUUCUGAGAUGAAUGGUUCUUAUACAGGCAAUGACCUAGAUGAAAUUGGGCAAGAAAACAUCAAGAAAACAGAUGAAUAUCUGGAGAAGGCACUGGAGUACUUAUGCCAGAUCUUUAGGUUGAGUGAAGCCCAGCUGACCCAAAUGAUGAUGAACUGUGGGACAGCUCAAGAUGAGAACGGAAAGAAGCAGCUUCCAGACAGCAUUGAGAGUGAGGAUGGGUUAAUUCUUACACCUCUUGGCAGGUAUCAGAUCAUAAAUGGAUUGCGCAGAUUUGAGAUAGCAUACCAAGGAGAUACUGAACUGCAGCCCAUCAGAAGUUAUGAAAAUGCCACACUGGUACGGCUGUUGUUCCAGUUGUCCUCAGCAAUUAAUCAAAGGUUUGCUGAACAAAUGGAGAAUCUUUGCUCCAGGGAAGACUUCGUUGGCAGUUUUUGUCGCUAUCAUCUUAUCAACCCAUUCCUUGCAGAGAGAACCAGGCACAGCCCAAUGCUGAAGCAUAGAUCCAGACACAUGCAACAACCAAAGAUCAGUCUGAGAUUUCUAGCCAGCUACAGGACUCUUCUUUCCUUGUUCAUGAUCUUCUUCAUUGCAUCCCAGUUCUGUAUUGGACCACUGGCCUGCACUUUCCUUCUUCUUCUGGCUUACCUUCUUUAUGCAGUAGUGAUGACUUUCUUCACUGAAAGAUGGAAACCUCACCAACAUUAACUUUCUCUGUCAGCACAUUCUUGUACAGCAAACAUUUUGAGAUACCAAGUUGUGUUAAGUGUGUGAAAGGUUUCACUUAAGGAUGCUUUUUAAAGUAUUUUUAAUAUAAAAAUUAAGUGGGUUGCUAAACACAGAUGGGAUUGUGUGGUUGUAGAGGCCACAGUAAUCCAGGUACAUUCUAUUUUUAUAAACUCUUUUCUACAGUUUAGUUAAAAUACUGAGGUAAAGCUAUAGUAUGUGAUUUUGGAAAGAAAAGGUAAACCUCCACCAUUUCUGGAGCCAACCACAAAUGGUGAAAUGAAUGAGCCCAAACAAACAGUAUGUAGCCUCAUGUGUGACUGUAUACCAUACUACAGCAUUUUAUGUAUGCCAUUUUAAAGAGAAAUUAGCUACUGGAGCUUCAGGGUUUAUAAUAAAAAUCAUGGUAAGUAGAGGACUGUUUCAGUAUGCCAGAGGCAACAGCAGUCAUGGAUCAUGGGAUCUGGACACAAAGCUGAAUA